AUAAACACAUCUAAGCAAAGUAGCAUUGCAACUUGAACACUUUAGCCAUCGACUCACCACCGCUUAACGAAAAUGAUUGCAGACAAGGCAGAUCGGCUCCGCGUCGCCUACAUCGUCCUUCGCAGCAUUCAGAUCGCCACGUUGAUUACUGUCUUCAGCCUCAGUCUCGCCAUUGUUCUCGCAUACAAUGGCACUGAUCUGGAGGGCAGUGCCAACCAGAUCAACAUCCCUAUCAUGGGCGUCUCCGUGUUCGGUACCCUUGUUGCAAGUCUCGGCUUAGUGGUGCAAUCACGUAGCUACAGGGCAGCCCGGCUAUGGCAUGUCAUCACCAUCUACGUCGUGGACAUACUCGUAGCAAUCUUGCUUGCGUGUGGCACCGGUUGGACAUUGUACAUCGCCUUUGCGAUUGGUAACUGGUACUGGGAAGGUCAAUGGAUCUCUGGCCGAUUCGCAGAUGCCGGCAUCAUGCUAUUCGCUACGAUGUUGGGGAUUAGCUGUGUUGGCGUUGGCGCCGCCUUGCAAGCAGAGCAUAUGAGGUCUGACACUGCUAUGUUGAACGCGCUGCGGACCGACGAACUUCGCCAUGCGCGCCGCAACACCUCUCGCCCAACGGAGGCGAAGGUUGUAUUUAAAAGCACGGAGGAGAAGAAGGUCGAGAAAUACUGACCGAGGUCAUGGGUGGGCUAGAAACACACUAAGGUCGAAGAAGCAGAAGGGGGCGCCUGACGGUGCUGGAGGACUGCUUUAGUCCGGGGCGCUUGGGUCUGUCUCCCAAACUGGGAAGGUGGCCUAUGAUCAAAAACAUAUGUAGGUAAUGAAGAAAGAAGGCACGUAGCCUGCGAACGAAGCGAUGCG